UACAACAUUCAUUUAAAUAUAAAUUGACACCUUAAAAAAAACAACACAUAAUUAUAGGUGUCUCAUGAUUCUACUUGUGUGUUUUUCCUUAUACGAUCUAGAAUGGUGUCUCCUGCUAUCGCUCUGGCCUUCAUUCCCCUCCUGCUGACAGUUCUUAUCAGGUGCCGCUUCUACUUUGUGCUGUUCUAUCGGGCGGUCCUGGUUCGCAUAUGGAAGGACUGCGUAACUGGUCUGAGCCGCGAGGAGCGUACUUACCAGUAUGUUCUCACUCACGCCACCCCUGGAGACCCAGACAGCAUCCUGGAAGCCUUCGAUGUCUGGUGCAGCAAAGUGGAGUUCAUCAGCACCAUUGGGCCUAAAAAAGGGAAGAUCCUGGACCGGCUGCUGAUGGAGCUGAGCCCAAUGACGGUGCUGGAGCUGGGUGCCCACUGCGGGUACAGCACAGUGCGGAUCGCCCGGUCUCUGCCCCCGGGCGCCCGGAUCUACAGUCUCGAGAUGGACCAGAGAAAUGCUGCCAUCGCUGAGAAAAUCAUCCGCCUGGCGGGGUAUGACGAUGACACGGUGGAACUCAUUGUAAAUCCAUCUGAUGAGGUGAUCCCUCGACUGCGGUCUGACUAUGGGUUGGAAAGGCUGGAUUUCGUCUUCAUGGACCACUGGAAGAAAUGUUACCUCCCUGAUCUGCAGAUGCUGGAGGGCUCUGGUCUGCUGGGAAAAGGGUCUGUGAUCAUGGCCGACAACGUGCUGUUCCCCGGGGCUCCAAAGUUCCUCAGGCACAUUCGCAAGAGCGGCCUGUAUGAGUGGAAGGUCCACCGGGCCACACUAGAGUACAGCAAAGGCAUCAGGGAUGGGAUGGCUGAGCUGGUGUACCAGGGAAUCAAGUAGACUACACUAUUAGUCAGAUAUACAUUUUUGGAGUGGCACAGGAUGAAUGGAUGGUGGUAUACCCUGUGUUAAAACUGUUUGUAAAGAACAUUGUGAUGUAAAGUUUAAAUUUACAUCCAUCUAAAAAAAUGUGAGCAUGUUAUUUUGUACUUUUUACACAUUAUCUCACUUUCAAAAUAACUCCCUGCCAGUGCUGGGUGAAAAAGGGAAUUAUUA